AUGCAGGCCCCAGUGAUUGUGAUGAAUACUGGUGCUGGCGACAGACAGGUCGGUAAGCAGGCGCAGAUAUCAAACAUCACGGCAGCAAAGACGGUCGCAGAUAUCAUCCGGUCAUGUCUCGGACCAAAGGCUAUGCUGAAGAUGCUUCUCGAUCCUAUGGGUGGUAUCGUCUUGACGAAUGAUGGCCACGCCAUUCUACGAGAAAUCGAGGUAGCCCACCCCGCGGCAAAGAGCAUGAUCGAGUUGAGCAGGACUCAAGAUGAGGAAGUCGGAGAUGGCACAACGACGGUCAUUAUUCUAGCCGGCGAAAUGCUUGCACAGGCCCUCCCCCAGCUCGAACGACACAUUCAUCCUGUUGUAAUAAUACAAGCCUACAAGAAAGCCCUCGCCGAUGCCCUCGCGAUCAUCGAAGAAAUCUCUCUUCCCGUUGACAUCUCCAACGACCGCCAGAUGAUUUCGCUCAUCAACUCUUGUAUCGGUACGAAGACCAUCUCCCGCAACGCAGACCUGAUGUGCAGUCUUGCCCUCAAUGCCGUCCGCAUCGUCGCACAAGACGCUGCUUUCUUCUCCAACGCUACUGCCUCACAAGCAACUACCAAUGGCGUAUCCUCCACCCCACAGAAGAAGCCACAAGAAAUCGAUCUGAAACGCUAUGCUCGCAUUGAGAAGAUCCCUGGCGGGGAGAUUGAAGAUUGCCGCGUCCUCGACGGCGUCAUGCUCAACAAAGACAUCACUCACGCGUCCAUGCGUCGGAGAAUCGAAAAUCCCCGUAUCGUCCUCCUCGAUUGCUCUCUUGAAUACAAGAAGGGUGAAUCGCAAACCAACAUUGAAAUUACAGAUGAAGCGUCAUGGGAACGUAUCCUUCAAAUCGAAGAGGAGCAGGUCAAGAAAAUGUGUGAUGCCAUCCUCGCGCACAAGCCCGACCUCGUCAUUACAGAAAAGGGUGUGUCGGAUCUUGCUCAACACUACUUCGUGAAAGCUGGAGUCACUGCCAUCCGCCGGGUGCGCAAGACAGACAACAACCGUAUCGGAAGAGCUGUGGGUGCCACAGUCGUGAACCGUGUCGACGACCUCGUUGAUUCAGAUGUCGGUACGCAAUGCGGGUUAUUCGAGAUUUCCAAGAUUGGCGACGAGUAUUUUACCUUCCUGACGAAAUGCAAGAACCCCAAAGCUUGCACCAUCCUCCUCCGCGGCCCCUCAAAAGAUAUUCUCAACGAGAUCGAGCGGAACCUUCACGACGCUAUGGCUGUCGCCCGGAAUGUCAUGUUCGAGCCCGCCGUCUCACCUGGUGGCGGCGCAACCGAGAUGGCUGUCGCCGUACGCCUGGCACAGAAAGCCAAGAGCGUGGAUGGCGUCAUGCAGUGGCCAUACAAAGCCGUUGCGGAUGCCAUGGAGGUGAUCCCGCGCACGCUGAUCGAGAACUGCGGCGGCAGCCCCAUUCGGGUUCUGACGCAGCUGAGGAGUAAGCACGCCGAGAAGCAGCACAGUUUUGGCGUCGACGGCGACACCGGUGCCAUCACAGACAUGAAGCGCGAAGGCGGCAUUUGGGAACCCACUGCAGUGAAGAUGCAAAGCAUCAAGACGGCCGUGGAGAGCGCCUGUCUGUUGCUACGAGUGGAUGAGAUCUGCGGCGCCAAGAGCGCGCAGCAAGUGGCUAAUCCUGGCGCUGGGGGCGGAGAUGACUGA